AUGGAAGAGGAUCAAACGAAUGCUUGCAUAGAAAUAAAAAGCACAGGAGGAUGGAGUUCAGCAUUUCUUUUGUUAGCAAAUCAAGGACUUGCGACGUUGGCUUUCUUCGGCGUUGGGGUGAAUUUGGUUUUGUUUCUAACCCGAGUUCUUAGUCAAGACAAUGCUUCUGCAGCCAAUAAUGUGAGCAAGUGGACGGGGACAGUUUACUUGUGCUCAUUAUUGGGAGCAUUCCUUAGUGAUUCGUAUUGGGGCCGUUAUCUCACUUGUGCAAUCUUUCAAGUGAUAUUCAUUUUGGGUCUUGUUCUUUUGUCCUUGAUAUCUUGGAUUUUCUUGAUCAAACCUGAUGGUUGUGGUGAUGGAAAACAAAUAUGUGUACCUAUGACUGCAUUUGGCUCGGCCGCAUUCUACUUAGCUAUAUACUUGGUGGCCUUUGGAUAUGGAGGACACCAACCUACUAUAGCCACCUUCGGAUCAGAUCAAUUCGAUGAAUCAAAUCCUAAACAAAAGAUUUCGAAGGAGGUUUUCUUCUGCUACUUUUAUUUUGCACUAAAUACAGGCUCGUUAUUUUCAAACACUGUAUUGGUCUACUAUGAGAACAAGGGAAAAUGGACACUCGGGUUUUGGGCGGCUACAGGCUCAGCUGUUCUAGCAUUAGUGUUAUUUUUGCUUGGCUCGCCAAGAUAUCGGUAUAUUAAGCCCUGUGGCAACCCUGUGCCACGGGUAGCACAAGUCUUUGUUGCUGCAGCAAAGAAAUGGAAUGUAACUCUUUCUGCCGGGCAAGAAUUGUAUGAGGUGCAAGGAUUAGAGUCUGCAAUCAAAGGAAGUCGGAAAAUUCUUCACACCAAUGAAUUUCCGUGUCUGGACAAGGCAGCAAUAGUCGACCCAGAAGAAGCUCGACACGGUCUAGUAAACCCAUGGAGGCUUUGCACUGUGACUCAAGUUGAGGAAGCAAAAUGUAUCCUUAAAAUGUUACCUAUUUGGCUAUGCACUAUCAUAUAUUCAGUGAUUUUCACUCAAAUGGCUUCACUUUUCGUCGAGCAAGGCAACGUGAUGAAUGCCAAAAUAGGAAAGUUUCAACUUCCGGCUGCUAGCAUGUCCGCUUUUGACAUAUGCAGUGUACUCAUUUGCACGGGAAUUUAUCGCCAAAUCCUUAUACCUCUAGUUGGCAGACUAAGUAAAAACCCGAAAGGACUGACGGAGCUUCAAAGAAUGGGAAUUGGCCUAAUAAUUGGAAUGCUAGCAAUGGUUGCAGCAGGGGUUACUGAAAUUGAACGACGGAAAAGGGUAAUAUCACACAAUGACUCUAGCUCUUUAAGCAUAUUUUGGCAAAUCCCACAAUACAUUCUUGUUGGUGCAUCCGAGGUUUUCAUGUAUGUGGGGCAGCUGGAAUUCUUUCACGGGCAGGCACCCGAUGGUAUAAAGAGCUUGGGUAGCUCUCUUUGCAUGGCGUCGAUUUCCCUUGGCAAUUUUGUUAGUAGUGUGCUUGUAAAUAUCGUAAUGGGAAUUACGGCAAGAGGCAGCAACCCGGGGUGGAUUCCUAAUGAUUUGAACACUGGACAUAUGGAAAGAUUUUACUUUCUCAUUGCUGCAUUAACAACCGUAGAUUUUGUGAUUUACGUAUUAUGCGCUAAAUGGUACAAAAGCAUCGAUCUUGAGAUCGAUACUUCGAAUUUCAAUGAUGGAUUAGAGCGCGACAAACAAAUACUCAAUAAAGUUUAA